GUGCUCUGUCUGAAUUAAGUGUUUUCGGUGUCCAGUGUAGAGUUAAGGUAUUGAAAGGUGCCUUUUUGAAGAAGUUACAUCACAGUGGUCUUCCGGAGCCUGAAAUUAGAGUAUAAAAUGUCUUUCAAAUCACGCAGUGCUUAAAAGAAAAUUUCACAUAAGUUAGAAGAAUUGCUUGUUGAAACUGAGCAAGCAGUGCCAAAUGGUCCUGGAUAACAAGCAGGACGACGACUCAGACACCAACAUGAACUCCUUAGUCAGCACAGAGUCCAUGGACACCGGAGAAGAGGACAUGUCUCAAGUGGAUGGAUGUGGGUUAAGUGGUGCUUCUGAUGAUGACGAAGAAUGUGCAUCCUCACCAGCCGGCUCUGCAUAUGAAGAUGCCGGAGAUGUCAUCAAGAGUGCAAUGAGUGAUGAAGUUACCAAGCAACUCGCAGCCGCUGGUCCCGUGGGGAUGGCCGCUGCAGCCGCUAUAGCAUCGUCAAAGAAACGCAAGCGACCACAUUCGUUUGAAACUAACCCGUCAGUUAGGAAACGACAUCAAAACCGUCUACUACGGAAGCUUAGACAAACCAUAGAAGAAUUCGCAACUCGCGUCGGUCAACAGGCUGUGGUUUUAGUAGCGACCCCCGGUAAACCCAACACAUCGUAUCGAGUUUUCGGUGCCAAGCCGCUAGAAGAUGUGGUGCGAAAUUUGCGAUGCAUGAUCAUGGAGGAGUUGGAGAAUGCGCUUGCACAGCAGUUCGGGCUGGGCUCGGGCCCGCAGGCGCCGCCGCCGCCACAAGAUGACCCUUCGCUCUUCGAGCUGCCGCCCCUCAUCAUCGACGGCAUCCCCACGCCCGUUGAGAAAAUGACGCAGGCGCAACUUCGCGCCUUCAUUCCGCUCAUGCUUAAGUACUCUAUGGUUCGCGGAAAGCCUGGCUGGGGUCGUGAAUCGACCCGUCCGCCUUGGUGGCCCAAGGACCUGCCCUGGGCCAACGUACGAAUGGAUGCACGAUCGGAGGACGAGAAACAAAAGAUGUCAUGGACGCAUGCGCUCCGUCAGAUAGUGAUAAACUGCUACAAGUAUCAUGGGCGAGAAGAUCUUUUACCUGCCUUCACUGAAGAUGAUGAUGAUAAGCAUACAAGAGCGUUGUCGCCAUCCUCGUCACAAUGUAUGCCUAGUGGUAGUUGCAACUCGAGUGGUUCGGGCAAGCACAGCUCACAGCAAGCAGUGCUUACUUCGCAGCAAGUCUGCAUUGAUCAAAUGACACUCGCCGAUGUCGAUAUGUCUCAGUACGCGCCCGCAGUUCUUCAGACAAUAACAAACCCAGAUGGUUCAGUCUCUUUGAUACAAGUGGACCCUAAUAGUCCAAUCAUCACAUUGCCUGAUGGAACUACUGCGCAAGUUAUUCAAAGUACAGAUGGCGGUACCGUUGUAAGCGGAGUGAAUGUUAGUGGCUUGGAUGGUGAAGGCGUUUCUGUCGAUCUCAAUGAAGCUGGACUAAACUCUGACACUCAGAUUAUCCUCACCACCGAUGAUGGACAUGGUUACCCGGUAUCCGUGUCGGGCGUUAUAACAGUGCCAGUGUCGGCCUCGGUCUAUCAAUCAAUGGUUGCUUCAAUGCAACAGCAAGAUGGCGUCUGCGUCGCACCGCUUGUUCAGGUGGAUCAGAACGGAGAAGGUCUGGAAACGAUUUCAAUGGGCGGGGGCGUGGCUCAAGUGAUGCUGCAAGGUGGUGAAGGCGGUCAAGUCUUGCAAGUACUGAGUUUAAAGGACGCGACUGCGCUUACCAAGGCCAUGCAACAACAGCAAGUGAAGUCAGAGCGCGAAGCAGUGGCGGCUGACUCCUAGCUAUUAAGUCUAGUGGCGGAGCCUCAGCGCACGCCACAAGCGCCAUCUAUGCCGGACGAUCUUGACGAGAACUAAUUCAGCCCAUAGUUUAUCCAGAGGGUUUUAGCGCCAUUAAUAUGGAUAACUUUUAAACAACUUGUUAAAAUUCUAAAAUAGCUUAAUUAUUAUUAUUACCCGAUUAUUUCGUGUAACAUUCGCGCUUUCCCACGGCACUUAUCGUCUGCGAUUACAGUUCAUUAAUAUCGCCCGCGACUUGACUAAGUACACGAAAUACCAGACGUAGUUGUCAUGAGUUGAGUCUAGACACAGCUCUCAAAUGCCAUUUUGAUCUACGACUCGGAGCAAGUACGAUUGGUUAUUUUCUCGAUUUUCAGAAAUGCUUAGUACUUAUGUAAUAACAAACAAAAGUUGAUCUUCGAAAUUUCUAGAUUAAUCUAUUAAAAAUAUAGCAAUUCGAAAAUGUCGGAUCGGCAUUAAAAAUUAAGACAAUCCGAAUAAUUAGUUAAUAAUAUGAAUUGUCCAUGAUCUCAACGAUCAAGCAAACUAGCGUAAUAUUUAUUUUCGUUUUUCGUGCAAUAAUAUUUGUUCCGGUAUUUUAUUUUACCUACAUUCCUUUAUUUAGGUGCAAUUUUGUUUUAAGUAUAACUUAUUUUUACGUAUUCUAGUCGAAUCGAGUCAUAGUAAAACAAUCUAGUCUAAACAACAUAAUGUAAAAUACAUUCUUAGGAGAAUUAAAGUUAAUUUGUAUUUAAUUUUAGAAUGGUUGGGUUUCUACUAUGCUGAAGUAUUUGAAACCAUUUUGGCCUGGAUAUUUUUCAGUAUACGCCUACUAAUAUAUCAAAAUCUUAUCUAGUUCUUCAUAAACUAUCUAAAUAUUUUACUCUCACCCUUCCGUACGAUUUGUUGCAUUUUAAUGUUUGACAAAGACAAAUAUUUUAUCGCCAUUGGUUUAAAAUAGUCACGUGACAAGAGUAAUUUUUUUACGCGUAUAACCAAUCCAGUUGAAAUCCAACCAAAAAGACCUUGCAGGGAUAAAAGAUCCAUUUAUUGAUGUUUGAAAUGUAUAGAUGUUACAUUUAGAAAUCUAUUACGCCGACUAUCAAGUGGCCAUAUUGAUUACUUAAGCCUAUAUAUUAAUAGGUUAAGUUUAAAUAAUAAUUUAUAAAUCUUAAUAUAUUCUUAGCCAAGUUUAGAUAAUAAGGUGUAGUCAUCAUAGAAAGUACAAAUCUUUAUUAUUGAGUAAUUUAUGUGUAAGAUUAAUUUAUUUUGUUUUUAAUUUUAUAUUUUAUUUGUUCCCUUGUGUUCAUUAAUUUAUUAAAAUAUACAUGAAGAAAUGCACAAUUUUGUUGUUAAGUGAUGAUUAAUUGUAACUGUAAAUAUAGUAUGAAUGCGUGUAUAUUGCAAUUAAUAAAGUAUUUACGUAAUUUGGUUUUUAAGAUGUUUCUUAUAGAAUAUACUUCCACAAUCAAGUUUUGCGGUGCACUACCGCUAUAUUUUAAAAAGUAUUUUCACCCCCUCUUAGGGUAGUUCAAGAACCAUUAUCAAGCUUGCAAAAUGCUCACAAUCAACAUGGUUACAUGGUUUUAAAUGCAAAGAUUUUACUGGUCCUGUCUGUUCAUUUAUGAUGAUAAAAAAUGUAUGGUCCAUGAAUACGAGGAAAUUAGG